UCAGACUUUAUCUUUUAGGGAACAUUUCUCGCAAUGAAAUUAAUUCAUGAGGACUAAACAUGCAGUUUUGCUUGUGUGCWUCUUCUUGGCUUUCAUUCCUCGAGGGUAUACUUGCGCAAAGCACGAUACUCAAGAAUCRRAACCGAUGGACGAAGAACAAGACUCGAUGAUAGAUGUUUCUAUCCGCAAGAGGAGAAAUAUAAUUGACAAUGCCAAAGACACCGUCAGCUCAACUAAUGAUAAACUACGUUGGAUCAAGAAAAACUUUCGUUAUUUAUUUCUGAUGGUAGCGUCGGGAUUUGUUUUGUUCUUYAGUUGUGCUGUUUAUAGACGAUGUACAAGGGACAACACUGCAGACAAUGACGAUGRRAUYCAAGUGGUUGUUGUAGGAGGCCCACGWCAGCAUUAUACCAACACUCCACCCACACCCACACAGGAACYACCAUCCCGACCCCCUCCCCCAAAGCAGUCCAAGCCCAAGAAWCCACCAAACUCGAAACCAAAGUCAUUUAAMAACAAAAAGWCAAAGAAAACAACAUUACAGUCAAAKAAAGKUAAAACUAGAGCUGAGAGUURUUGUGACAGUGACGAAGGAUCAAUUUGCAGAAGUGUUGAUAGCAGUGAACAAUUGCUCAACCCGUGUAUAAAGUACAAUGGAACUGAUAUGGGCGAMGGUGAAAAUGGCGACACACAGUCCUUUCGAAACCUCAAAGACCCACUUCCUCGAGGAGAAAUCRCAUCACGUGUCGUCCACGAGGGAAUCCCACUUUCGUGUUUUAUGUCGUAUCAACAACUYACWGACAUGGGAYCACAWGCGAGUUMUCUCUCCCAGUAUCUCCACGARUUGAGACUACACGCCGCGCAACUCCACGCAGAGGACRCGGCAUUCGYGGGACACACGAGCAUGGAUAUGUGGCCUAUUGUGGAGGACAUCUAUAUGAAUGACCGUCUUAGUGCCUCGCUACACGAGAGACGAGGACAGUAUUACCCAACAGCGUCUCCUGACACACAAUUACCGAUAACUGCUGCAGCCAAUUAGACAAUAUUGUGCAGUUAUGAGGUGGAUAUAUGUUGUGUACAUACCGAUGAAUACUGAUACAAUAAAACUGUCAAAAACCCAUCCGCUUAAAAACGGUUUUCCUGAAAUUCGGAUUACUAUAUCAACGAAAGUGAAAAUAUCAUUUUUUAUUAUUGGACAAUACCUAGCAAAUACACAUCAUUAGUGAACGAUACAAAGAUCGUCCACCUSUACAAAAAUUCAAUUCCUAAUAAAUAUAAAAAUUUGCUCGA